AUGCCCUCCGGAAAGUUGGCUUCCCGUCACCAUUGUCGCAAUAUUUCUCCGUUCGUCGCAGCCUUCCUCCGCCUGCGCGACCUCGACGGCAGGACAGCGAUCUCGGCAAUGCGUCACGCGGAGUUUACGAGAGGAGCGCCCGGUGAUAUCGCCGACGACGAGAAUUCCACUCGCACUCUCCUCAGGACACACCGCGCUAAUGUGAAUUGUUUCCAUCCCUUCCGUGACAACUAUAUGACAGCGUGCCAUAAAAAGGAACAUUUUUAUUGCACCAUAACCUUGCCUUACGCCCAGCACAGAUCUGUAAUUAAGGUGUCCGCGAUUAACACUAAUGCUGAUGAAUCUGUGCUCUCGAGGCGGCCGGGAAACCGAGGCCGAUCUCUGGCGACGAGACGGAUUGUGUGCCUGCCUACAUCCGCGCCUGGCGAUGGCACCGGUCCCAGAUUCCUGGAGAUAUUCCGAGCCCUCCCCACUCCUCCCCCUACCCCCCUCCAGGGUGUCAUUACCUCCGUGCAUCUAACCGGAAGAACAGGCAAUGCACCAUUAUGGCCCUUCGGAGCAUCUCUAAAGGCGACCCUAAUGUGCCUGGAUGGAGAGGUGUUAACAGACUGCGGCUCACUAACGACUGUAUUUUAUUUAGAGUGGGAUGUUUCCAGCUCAACAGCCAGAUUUUGUGGCGCCAUCUCUCCAAUGGCUCCUCAUCUCUACAUGUCUCGUACCGUCUACAUAGGCUUUAUUCUUACUACAUCCGUCGUUCUCUACUCGACUGACGACAGUUACUCUGCUACAUGGUCCAGUCAUUUGAAUGGAGGAGAAUAUGAUUGUCGGAUCGGAGUUGCAUUCUCUCCUGCAGGGUUCCUCUCUUGGGAUGAAGAGAAAGCACACGUGGACAUCCACAAGGAACUCACAACUAUUGCCGAACUUAACCUCGAAGGAGAAGAACAGAAGGGAGGAGAAAGGUUGAUCCAGUAUGCCACGGAGAAUCUGGUCGCAGAGGUGUUGAUCCACCCCCAAGUCAACACCCUGCAGCAGUGCCUCAAGAACCUCCUCUCUUCAUUCACCAAACAUAGACACAUCAUCCAUGCCGGAUAUGCCUUCGCUGGCUCAGGAUCAUGGAUGCUACAGGACGGGACUUUCUCGGUGGCUGACCUUAUUGCCGCCUUCAGUGAGUAUGAAGUCCAACGAGUCCUUCAUGCCUACGAGAACUGCAUCACCAUUGACAUUCACUGCGCCCCAGAAGGUCAUUGGUCGACCAGCUACCUUGCCAAGGAAUCUUUUAGCAAACUAUGCCGAGUGACAGUCAACCCAGACGACAAGAUCGAGACCACCCCCGGGAUCUCGACUUUCGUCCAGUACCUGUCACAGUUCCUUCUCUCCACACCAAUCGAGGAGCUCCUCGAACCAUCAGACAUUGUGGGAAACAUUCGGUUCUCUCGUCCCACUCUGUACGUGUUCCCUGGUGGACAAGGUGACUCAGCUCUCUUCGGUGUCAAUGGCUUCAACAUGCUCGUGGACGGUGGUUAUAAUUACAAAGCCUGUUUCUGGGAUUUCACAAGGCAUCUGGACCGCCUGGAUGCCGUCCUUGUCACAAGACUCAACAGCUCGAAUCUUAUGGGUAUUACUAAUGUUGUUCGUAGAAAAGCUCUUAGUUCAGUGUAUCCACAGAUUGGACAUAUUUUCUGUAAUGUUGCUGGUAAUAUCAAAUCUCCCGAUGGUGACAAAGACAGAGACCCACUGCUUAUUAAUCUCUGGGAUGAAGGACACAUUAUGCGUGAAAAUCUCAGACAAAUUAGUUUGAAACCUCAUUUGUGUUUCCGUGAUAAUGCAAUGGAACCAAUUAAUUUGUAUCACAAAGUAGGACAUGGCAAAUUAGACAUGUAUGUGAUAAAUCCCUCUAGAGACAGUAAGGAAGUUCGAGAGUUCAUGCAGAGGUGGAACAAUGAAGUGAUCGCAUCUGACAUGGGUUUAAGUACCUACAAAAUCGGUGAAAAAGUCUUUCCUUGUCCACUCACAAAUGUUACCUCCAUAUGUGCCCUCCUUAUAUGGCAACCUAAUGACCCCACAGACACAAUUACCAGAAUUCUCUUCCCCGGAAGUACACCACAACACAAGAUCUUUGAAGGCUUAGAAAGAUUAAAGAACCUAGAGUAUCUGAAACACACAACUUGUUCAGCGAAGUCCAUCAAGGCCGCCAUUGAAGAGCGGAAAGGUAUCAAAACUGAGGAAAGAAUUAAGAGUGAAGACAAAUUAUUAGCAGCAGACAUUAAACCUAGCAAAGCAGUCAGUCCAUCCCCUCCCACACACCGAAUCAAGAGAGAAAGAGGAGACCGCUCCAUCAGCAGGGAAGAAAGGAGAAGAAUCAAGCUGGAAAGAUCUGAGCGACAAGAGAAGGUGUUGCGCGAAGCCAGAAAGGAGAAGAAAGUGGAAAGAAAGAUUGAGAAGAAGAUUAUCAAGAAAGAAGAACGGAAGGAAAAGAAGGAGGAGAAGAAGGAAGAAAAGGCCGCAACCGAACUAGAAGAAACGAAAGAGAAGACCGAAGGUAUCACCAUCGAGUCUUUAGCAGCGAUAGACGAGGCUAAGGUCAGCGAAGCCAAAGUAACGACAAAAGAAAUCACCGAAACUGUUACAGGUGUUUCUGUAACCAAAGAAGCAAUUAGUGCAGUUACCGAUUCGAUAGAAACAGUCACGAAGAAGGACCUGGUUGAUGCAGCUGAACGAAGAGAAAUCACGACGCAAGCUGUAGAAGUCACAACUGCUGUAACCGACUUGAAGUCUAGAAUAGAAACCACAGGAAUUAGUGAAAUCAAAGAUAUACAUGAAAUAGAACCUUUAGAUGUUAAGGAAGCCUCUCUCGUCUCAGCGGAGUCUGGUGUGGUGACAGGCGAAGAGAGAGAAUCCUCUUUAGAAAUUGAAACCUUAAAAGAAAUAAAACCAAAAGAAAAACCAAAGGAAAAGAAAAUCAAGGAAACUGGGACCCCUGAGAAACCCAAACGGUAUCGCAAACCCAAAGUUGAAUCUCGCAUUGACACAGGAGACAGAAGACCAAGACCCGAAGACAGGGCAGCACGAGUAGAGAGGAAGGUAAAGGAGAGAAAGAGUCUGGAAAGAAAAGAAAGAAAAGAACGCAAAACAGACGAAGAAAAGCAGGAGGAAGGAGAAGCAGCAGAGAAGAAACCAGAGAGAAGAAUAAGAAAGAUUAAAAGACCUGAGCACAAAGUUGAAGAUGCAACCACUCCCAAAAAACCCUCUACACCAGAGCUAAAGAAACGCCCAAGAAAAUUAAUACCAACCGAAAAGAAGGAGGUCAAUGGAGAAGUAAAGCAGGUUAAACCAUCAGUUCCUAGAGUACCAAGAGAAAGAAAGGUAAUUUCGAAAACUACAACUACAACUGCACGAGAAAUUACGCACAAGAAACUAGUAGAUGACAAAAACAGAGCGGCAAAGGCAGCCGAGGCUGCAAGAAAAGAACUGAAGCCAUCACCCAAGCCAACGACAGCACCACGAACUGUUGCAAGAAAAGCUCCUCCUGUUGGAAAAGCACCGAAGGCGAAGAAGAUCGAAAAGCCCCCUGCACCGAAAACCGAGGGACCAAUUAAGAGAGUUAUUACAGGUGCAGCUGUGAAGGCUGGUGUAGUAGCAGCAGCCGUCUCGGGCGUUGCUGUCGUAGAAGCAGCAGCAGACCGAGAGGACGUGGAUGAAAUUGUGGCGCCCAUGAAAGAGACUGAUAACCUCAUGAUUGCCCCUGACCAAGAUGAAGAGGAUCGAAUCUCCGAUAUUGCCAAUAUUCCUGGAGUACAAGAGAUCAAAUUAGAUGAAGACACUCUACAGAUUAUUGACAAGCAACAGCUAGAGGAAGAAGAAAAAGACUCCUUGAUACUUCAUGAGGAAGGUGUUGUUGAACAUGUUGAAAAGGAAGACAUAAUCGAAGAAGUUGAAGAGCAUGUAGAAGAAGAGGCAGAGAAAGAAAUUGAGGAAAUAGAAGAGGAAGAAGAAGAGGAGGAGGAGGAGGAAGAAGAAGAGGAAGAAGAGGAGGAGGAGGAGGAAGAAGAGGAAGAGGAAGUCGAAGAAAGAGAGGCUGCAGUAGAAGAAAAAGAAGUAGGAGAGAGAAUACGAGAAAAAGAAGUAGGUGAGGAAGAGGAGGAAGGUCCGGAGGAUGAAGAGAAAGUAAGCAUCACAGAAAAAGAGGAUGAAGCAGAGAAAGAAAAGAAAGAAGACAAGAUAGCAGAAGAGGCGAAAGAAAUAGAAGAUAUUGCCAAAUUAGACGAGAAACACGAAGCUGAAGAUAUCUAUGAAAAGAUUGAGACUGAAGACCGAGAUGUCUAUGCAACUCUACCAAGCAGUGCAAAGCUCACCGAAUACAAAGAGAAAUACGAAGAAAAACCAAUCCGUGGUCUGUUUACUGGUUUUGCCAUGCCUUCCGCUGAACCACAAGAAGCACCGCAGAAAGCACCGAGUCCAAAGCCCAAAGAAGAAGUCACUGUACCAACUUCCCUUCCAGAGGCAAUAUUCAAACCAACUGCGCCACCUGUUCAUCCACGUGAGAUCAUAAAAACACCAGAUGAAGUGGACGAUCUACCCAUACAUGAGGAAGUCGAAUCCAUUGAGCAUGAUAUUUACGAAGAAGAUAUCGAGAUGGAGAAACCAGCUGAACAAGAACUUGAAGCAGGUUCCCCACUCCUUGAAGUAAAGGGAGAGUUACAAAUUAAAGAAGAAGUAAUUGCUGAAAAGCACGAAAGAGAAAUAAUCAAAGAAAAGAAACUACCCGAAAAAGAAUUUGAAGUGGAAGAAGAAGAUGAAAUCUCAAGAGAAGAAAAGGUCUCAAAAUCUAUCGAAGACUUUGAAGCAAAAUACGCAGAGUUUAAGGCGACUGCUGUCUCUGAAGUCAUCCAGAGAGGAGAAGUCAUUGCUGAAACAAAAGAAAUAAAGAAGAAAGUGGACAAAGUAGAAUUACUGAAGGACAUUGCACAGACCCUAGAAGAAAGAGACGAAAAGACUGUGAUUAAAGAAAAGGUAUCUUCGCCGGAGGUUUCCGAAGAAAUCGAGAUGCCUGUCGUCAAAGACAAAAAGCCUGUCAAAGCAGUGACACCAUAUGAGGAACUUGACUUUGACAAAAUCCCAGAAAAGGAAAGAAGAGUGGAAGACGAAAAGGAUAUCGAUGAACUUGAAUUUGAGAGUAAAGAAAUCUUGGAAGUAAAGGAGAAGGAAAUUACCGAAAUGAUGGAAAAGGAUGAAGUGAGAAAGCGAGUGGAGAAAGAGGAAAUCAUUACUACCGAUGAAGCCAUAACUGAACUUGAUAAGAAAGAAGCUUACAGAGCUAAGACACUGCUUACCGAAGAACUCCUGGAAAAGGAGUUUGUAACAGAAGAUAUUCUAAAGAAGGGCAAACCUGUUUCAGAAGAAAUCCUUGAAGCAAAGAAGGUUUCCCCUGAAGACACACUUUUGAAAGAAAAAGUGAUCACGGAAGAAAUACAAGAAGAAAAGGAAAAAACCAAAAAGGAAGAAGUGAAAAUGGAGGAGAUUGUAGCUAAAGACAAACUAGAAGAGAAGAUCACGACAGAAGUAACUAAGAAGGAGGAGGUAGUAGCUAAAGACAAAUUAGAAGAAAUCACGAAAGAGGAAGAAGUAACUAAGAAGGAGGAAGUAGUAACUAAAGACGAACUUGAAGAGAAGAUCACGAAAGAGGAAGAAAUUAAGAAGGAGGAAGUAGUAACUAAAGACAAACUUGAAGAGAAGAUCACGAAAGAGGAAGAAAUUAAGGAGGAAGUAGUAACUAAAGACAAACUUGAAGAGAAGAUCACGAAAGAGGAAGAAAUUAAGAAGGAGGAAGUAAUCACAAAAGAGGAAGAAAUUAAGGAGGAAGUAGUAACCAAAGAAAAAUUAGAAGAGAAAGUCACAAAAGAGGAAGAAAUUAAGAAGGAGGAAGUAGUAACUAAAGACAAACUUGAAGAGAAGAUCACGAAAGAGGAAGAAAUUAAGAAGGAGGAAGUAGUAACUAAAGACAAACUUGAAGAGAAGAUCACGAAAGAGGAAGAAAUUAAGAAGGAGGAAGUAGUAACUAAAGACAAAUUGGAAGAGAAGAUCACGAAAGAGGAAGAAAUUAAGAAGGAGGAAGUUGUAACUAAAGACAAACUUCAAGAGGAGAUCACGAAAGAGGAAGAAAUUAAGGAGGAAGUAGUAACCAAAGAAAAAUUAGAAGAGGAAGAAAUUAAGAAGGAGGAAGUAGUGACUAAAGACAAACUUGAAGAGAAGAUCACGAAAGAGGAAGAAAUUAAGAAGGAGGAAGUAGUAACCAAAGAAAAAAUAGAAAAGUCACAAAAGAGGAAGAAAUUAAGAAGGAGGAAUUAUGAAAUGGAGGAGGAAGUAGUAACUAAAGACAAAUUGGAAGAGAAGGUGACGAAAGAGGAAGUAACUGAAGAGAUCUCGAUUCGCGAUAUCGUCUCGAAGGAGGACAUUGAAACAAUUGUAAAGGAAGAAAAGAUAACCGAGGAAAAAAUCACGAAAGAAGACGCAAAGGAAGAGAAAGAAGUGGAAGAAAUUACAAAAGAAGACAUCCUUAAGAAGGGCAUCACAGAACAAGAGGAAGUAGUAACUAAAGACAAACUUGAAGAGAAGAUCACGAAAGAGGAAGAAAUUAAGAAGGAGGAAGUAGUAACUAAAGACAAAUUAGAAGAGAAAGUCACGAAAGAGGAAGAGGAAGUAACUAAGGAGGAAAUAGUAACUAAAGACAAACUAGAAGAGGUCACGAAAGAGGAUGUAACCAAGAAAGAGGAGGUAGUAACCAAAGACAAAUUAGAAGAAGUCACAAAGGAGGAAGAAAUUAAGAAGGAGGAAGUAGUAACCAAAGACAAACUUGAAGAGAAGAUCACGAAAGAGGAAGAGGAAAUUACUAAGAAGGAGGAGGUAAUAAUUAAAGACAAAUUAGAAGAGAAGAUCACGAAAGAGGAAGAAAUUAAGAAGGAGGAGGUAAUAACCAAAGACAAAUUAGAAGUCACAAAAGAGGAAGAAAUUAAGAAGGAGGAAGUAGUAACCAAAGACAAACUUGAAGAGAAGAUCACGAAAGAGGAAGAAAUUAAGAAGGAGGAAGUAGUAACCAAAGAAAAAUUAGAAGAGAAAGUCAUGAAAGAGGAGGAAGUAGUAACUAAAGACAAAUUAGAAGAGAAGAUAACGAAAGAGGAAGAAAUUAAGAAGGAGGAGGUAGUAACUAAAGACAAAUUAGAAGAGAAGAUCACGAAAGAAGAAGAAAUUAAGGAGGAGGAAGUAGUAACCAAAGACAAAUUAGAAGAGAAAGUCACAAAAGAGGAAGAAAUUAAGAAGGAGGAGGUAGUAACUAAAGACAAAUUAGAAGAGAAGAUCACGAAAGAAGAAGAAAUUAAGGAGGAAGUAGUAACUAAAGACAAACUUGAAGAUAUCACGAAAGAGGAAGAAAUUAAGAAGGAGGAAGUAGUAACAAAGAAAUUAGAAGAGAAGAUCACGAAAGAAGAAGAAAUUAAGGAAGGAAGUAGUAACAAGAAGAUCACGAAAGAGGAAGAAAUGAAGGAGGAGGAAGUAGUAACUAAAGACAAAUUGGAAGAGAAGGUGACGAAAGAGGAAGUAACUGAAGAGGUCUCGAUUCGCGAUAUCGUCUCGAAGGAGGACAUUGAAACAAUUGUAAAGGAAGAAAAGAUAACCGAGGAAAAAAUCACGAAAGAAGUCACAAAGGAAGAGAAAGAAGUGGAAGAAAUUGCGAAAGAAGACAUCCUUAAGAAGGGCAUCACAGAACAAGAGAAAUUAAAAGAAACUGCCGAAGCGAAACUCGCGAAGGAAGAAAUCGUAAAGAAAGACUCAAUACAAGAGAUUCUAGAAGAAGUAAAGAUCACAAAAGAACUUGCAAUGAAGGAUUUGGAAGAACAAAAGAUCACAAAGGAAGAAGUUGAAGAAAUUAUCACCAAAGAAGAAGUUUCUAAGAAAGCAUUUGAAGAAGUUCCAAAGAAGGAUGUUGGCGAAAAGAUCACAAAGGAAGAAGUUUCUAAGAAAGAAGCUGAAGAAAUUAUCACAAAGGAAGAAGUAGAAAAGAUCACAAAGGAAGAAGUAGAAAAGAUCACAAAGGAAGAAGUUGAAGAAGAGGAAGUUCUGAUGAAAGAAAUGGAAGAAGAAAAAAUCACGAAGGCCACCGAAGGGGAAAUAGUUUCUGAGGAAGUCUUCAAAGAAAUCCUAAAGAAGGAAGAAAAGGUAGUUACAGAAUCCGUAGAAGAAGAGAUUACAAAGGAGGAAAUUUCCGUCUCAACGACAGUGGAAGAGGAGAUGAAGUUAUCAAAGAAGGAAGUUGUCGAGGAAGACAAGAUUUCAAAGAAGGAAAUCGUGGAAGAAGAGAAGAUUUCAAAGGAAGAAAUAUCCAUAAAGGAAGUUGUUGAAGAAGAGAGGAUUUCAAAGGAGGUUACAGAGGAAGAGAAAAUCUCUAAGGUCGAAAUUACCGAAGAAAAAGCUACAACAGAAGACAUAUUAUGGGCGCAAGAAAAAAUAGACUUUGCAAAAGAAAAGGUAAUAUCUGAGGAAGAAAUUGUGAAAGGCAUAACAAAAGAAGAAAUAGCUAAACAAGAGAAGUUGACGAAAGAAGAAAAGGAAGUGCAAGAAACUGUGAAAGCAACGACCACAAAGGAAGAAAUAUCAAAGACGGAGAGUAUAGAAGAAAUAGUUACCAAAGAAGAAGUGACAAAAGCAGUAACUGUAACUGAGAUGGUGUCAAAGGAAGGAAUUCCAAAAGAAACAGUAGAAGAAAAGUUGAUAACGGACGAAUUCACGAAAGAAAUUCUUAAGAAGGAAGGAAAGAUUGAGAAGGAGGAUAUUGUAGAGGUAACUUCAAAGGAAGACAUUUCAGUGAAAAUGACUGUGGACGAAGAAAAGAUCACGAAAGAAGAAAAGGAGCUUCUCUCAAAAGAGGAAGUGGCCAAGGAGGACACUGCCAAGGAAAAGGGUCUUGACAUUAAGGUUAAAGAAUUUCCCAAAACGGAAGAGGGGAAACCACUGAUAAAGGAAGAGAAGCCCUCAAAGGAAGAAAUGCCGGAAAAAGACAUUGCCUUGGAUGAGAAAGUGUCAAAAGAAGAUAUUCUAAAGAAAGAUACAGAAAGGAAAGAAAUUACAGAGCAAAUCUUUAAGAAGGAAGAAAUGUUUGAUGUCACUAAGGAAGUAAAGGUUGCUAAAGAGGAGGUAACUGAAGCGGUUACUGAAGACGUAAUUGUUGUUAAAGGAGAAAUUGCAAAGGCAACAGAAAAAACUGUAACCGACUUUACCACAGUGACAAGUGAAGAAGAGGAGGGAACGCGAGGUGUGAAGCGAGACCAUUCCCCAUCAGAAAGUGUUGAGAGUAGCAUUAGUAGUGACAUCAGUGGUAAGCCUCCCCCUAGUGAUGAUGCUUUACAAAUUGAAGAACAGAUUAUUAGUGACAAAGUGAGUGAGAAAGGCAUAAAAUCUGAAUCAGACACAACUGAAAAAUCAGAUAUUUUAGCGCCUGUGUCCCCUACAAGUGAUGUAUCCGUUAGUGCCAAGAGCGACAUUCUUUCUAAAGACGUUUUAGGAAAAGACAUUCCAAAAGAUAUUUCAGAAGAAUACAAAGAAAAAGCUCCCAUAUCCCCAACGAGUGACGUAUCAAUCAGCACAAAGAGUGACGCCUUCAAAGAAGAAUAUAUGGAAAAGGUAACAAAGAUAAGUGACACUUCAAGCGUAAAGAGUGACAUAAGUGACAGGGAAAUUACAGAACUAAAAGUUUCAGUUGAUGUCACUAAAAAGCCAACUGACGAAUCCCUAGCAUCGUUGUCACCAAAGAGUGACAUCUCAGUCAGUGCAAAGAGCGAUACUAGUGCUAAAGUUCCUGAAGAAUCAACCACCGCCGAAAUAGAUGGUAAAGAUGAAGCCCCGGAAUCACCCAGGAGUGACAUUUCAGUCAGUGUCAAGGAUGAAAUAGCAAUGGAUAUGGAAAAAGUAAGCGAAAAGAGGAAAAGCAUUACAAAAGAUCUCGAAGCUCCAGAAACAGCAAAGGAGCCUACUGCACCGGCAGAAAAAGCCACUGAAAAAGUUCCUAUUUCUCCCACAAGUGAUCUUUCAGUCAGUGUAGCUAGUGAUAUUAGUGCCAGAGAACUUAUGAGCGACUUAACCUCUAAAAAAGAGGACACUAUGAAAAUAGACGUGACCAGCAAACCUACUGUUGAACCUUCAAUUUCCCCGGUAAGUGACAUCUCUGUUAGUGUAGUGGACAUCAGAAGUGCCUAUAGAGUGAUGUUAGUUCCAAGAAAAGUAUUCAAUAGUUUGGUGUUUGAUGUAUUUAAAGAAUCUAAUAAGUAUUUGACUAUAUCUGUUAUGGGGGCUAGAGUAGAUAAACCAAACAGUAUGAGGCAUAUUCCUCUAUAUUCUUACUCCGACAAGAGUGCUAUCUCUGUUAGUGCUAAGAGCGAUUUAGUUCUAAGAAGACCAACAGAGAGGCACUUUCUCCCAAGAGUUGACAUCUCUGAAAUCUUCAACAGAAGAGUUUUGUUCGAUCUUAUCUCCAGAGUUGAUUCUAUUUCAAAACCAAUCAUGCAUAGAGGCAUUCCUAUUUCCCAAGAGUUUGACAUCUUUCUGUCUUAUGUUCUAAGAAGGAAGACCAUAUUGAAGGAGCAGUAUUGGGUAAUUGGAGAAGUAUCAGGAGAGAACCAUCAGAAGAGGCAGCUAUUGUCACCAAGAACAAGACAGCCAACAGAAGAAAGAGUCACCUCUACUUCUCCAAGAGGUAGACAUCCUGUUAGUGCUAAAGAUGUAGGAUGUAAGUUUAAGAAGAAUGAGGCACACUAUUUCUCCCAGGUGCAUCUCUGUAUUGCUCUUAAGAGUCGAUACAGUGAUGUAGUUCUAAGAAGAGCACAUAUUCUUUGUCGAUGUUCAAAGAAACCACACAGAAGAGAAGCACCUAUUUCUCCAAGAGUGACAUCCUCUGUAGUGCAUACAGAAGUGAUAACCAACAGACAGGGCACCUAUUUUUCUCCAAGAGUGACAUCUCUGUUAGUGCUAAGUGUGAUAAGAGGCACCUAUUUCUCCAAGAGUGACAUUCUGUUAGUGCUAAGAGUGAUAGUGACAUCAGUAUUAGUGCUAAGAGUGAUGAGAAAAGACAUAUUUGGUGUUGAUGUGUCUAAGAAACCAACAGAAGAGGCACCUAUUUCUCCAAGAGUGACAUCAGUUAGUGCUAAGAUGAUUGCUAAGAGUGACGUUAGUUCCAAGAAGGAAGACAUAUUUGGUGUUGAUGUGUCUAAGAAACCAUCAGAAGAGGCACCUGUUUCUCCCAAGAGUGACAUCAGUAUUAGUGCCAAGAGUGAUGUUAGUUCUAAGAAGGAAGAAACUGUAGGUACUGAUUUAAGUUCUAAGAAAGAAGCUUUAGAUAUUGAUGUAUCUAAGAAAGCAACUGAGGAAGCCUUAACUUCUCCAAAAAGUGACAUUUCUGUUAGCACAAAAAGUGAUAUAUCAUCUAGAAAAGAAGAUGCACUCGAUAUUGGUGUCAUGAAGAAAUCAUUUGAUGAAACUGUAAGUCUUAAGAGUGACAUCAGCUCUAAGAAAGAAGACAUGACCACAAAGUCAAAGGAUGAAGCUCCAAUGUCACCAAAGAGCGAUAUUUCUAUCAGUGCUAAGAGUGAUUUUAGCUCAAGUCCAAAGGAGGAAGUAGGUCUUUUGAUGAUUGAUACUACGAAAAAGCCUCUUGACGCCGCACCAGAAUCUCCAAAGAGUGACAUAUCUGUGAGUGAGAAAAGUGAUACUAGUUCUAAAGCUGGUAAAGAGAGCAUUACAAAGAGUAUCACAGAAGAUAUGCCACUGUCAUCAAAGAGUGAUAUUUCUGUCAGUGCCAAAAGUGACACAAGUUCUUUGGCUGGGAAAUUGGAACCCUUGACAGUUGAAGUUUCAAAGGUAUCUACUGAACAGAAAUCAUUGUCUAGUGAUAAAUCUGAGAGUGUUAAGAGUGACAAGAGCUCUAAGGAUGAACCAAAGAAAAGUGAAAUUCCAGUUUCUCCAAAGAGUGACAUCUCGCUUAGCCUAAAAAGUGACAUUAUUCCCGAAGAUGUAUUGCAUAAGCCCAUGGAUGCAGCACCCGUAUCCCCUAAGAGUGACACUUCACUUAGUGCUAAGAGUGAUGUUAGCUCUAAGGAUGUUUCCAAGAAGUUAACUGACAAAGUGCCACUUUCUCCUAAGAGCGAUGCCAGUCUUAAGAGUGAUACUGAUAAAUCUGACAUGCUCACUACAAAAGGAAAAGUUAAAGCAGAAAUGCCUUCAGAAAGUGUCAAAGUGACACAGCCUUAUUUGGAUUCAGGUGUUAGUGAAGAGCCAGUAUAUGCUAUGCUAAAAGCAGAACGUGCAGAAAUUGUAACCGUUUCUCCCGACACCACACCAGGAUCGACACCACUGUCGCCAACCUCACGUGAGGUCGGUGCACCUUUCCCUGUUACAUCCAGCUUUACUACAGCUGCAGUUCAAAGAGAGAAGUCGGAUGUCAUGACAUCCUCAAUUUAUGAAGAAACAACUGCUACAUUUACAGAGGAUAUUACUGAUGCAAUGGCUACAUCUGUGCAUGGAGGUUUUGACAUUAUGACUUCUUCUAUGUAUGAGCCCAGUGAAGAUCUCAUGUCUUCGUCCAUGUAUGGAGAAGAUUUUAUUACACAUGGUGUACUUGAUGAGGACACUAAAUAUACAUUACAAGAAUCUACUGUGGCCUUAACCAAAACUGACAAGCCUGGAGACAUGAUGUCAGCUUCAAUGUAUGGCACCCUUGCUGGAGAUGACCUUCAGAAGUCCACAGAUGAAACUCUCCCAAGUGUCUCACGCAGUAAGACACAGCUGGAUGAUCAAAAGUCUACACCUUAUACUGAAUCUCCUCGUAGUGAUCUGUCCUCUGAUGCGCAUCAUAUGCCCUCAAUGUCACCACGUAGUGAUGGGUAUGAAGCUGAAUUAAGUGGUCAGUUUGAGGGCCGUGAUGAAGAUCAGCCUCCAGCUUCUCCGCGUUCAGAUAUCUCAUCCAUAUCAGACAUUGUUCGACGAGAACAAAAACAUCCCGUGACUGAAAAGUCUAUGAUGGAGACCAGCAUGGUUGUGAUGGAUAGCGGUCGGUCUAUGUCUCCAAAAAGUGAUACCACUGUAAGUGAUAUAGCAGCAAAGGAUGGGUUAGACUCAUUAGAUUCCUUUAGACUACAACCUGUCCUUGACACAGAUAGAGAGGCAGAUGAAGGAAAGCCCAUUUCUCCUCGCAGUGACACUUCCGGAAAAAGUGAAGCUUCUGGAAAGGAUUCAGCUUAUGAUGACCGGGACAAAUUAUCUAGUCUGGAAAGUCAGACCCUGCCAUCUAUUACAAGUGACAUAAAAAUGUCAGAACAGACAUCUGUUGUAGAGAAGCGUGUAGGCCUACAAGAAACUCUAGCUUCAGCAAAAACGAUGCUUAUAAGUGAAGUUUCAACUACAGAUAAAUUCCAAAAGGUUUCUGAAUCUGUUUCUGAAAGCACAAAGAGUGAUAGCACUACAGUAUUUUCGACUGUCCAUAGGUCGACUACCGAGGUCAGUAGCAAAGAUAGCACAAAGGUUAUGGUUGACAAAUCAGAUGUGUCCAAAAGCACAAAGUCAGAAACAUUAACAGAUGUUGCAUCUCUGAAGACUAAAACAGGUAUUGAAGAUGAAACAUCUGUUAGUUAUAAGGGAGAAGCGACAUACUCAGAAACUCAAGAAGCCAUAAUGGUAUCUCCAAAAAGUGACGCUUCUGCAAGCUCAAAGAGUGACGUUACGUCUGUAGAUGCAAAGGACCUGCCAAAGGAUCCAUCAUACCUUGGUGAACAACCUAAAGUAACAACAGGAUCGUCUGAGAGUGACAUAUCUGAAGGCAUAUUUAAAGAAGAAAUCAGUGAGACUGUGAAAUCAUUUACAGAAGCGUUUGGAGUCAGUGAAGUGGUUCAGGGAAUCAAAACGGCUGUGACCACAAGUAAGACUUCCUUCCAAGAUUUCAAGGAACCUGCUUCUCCACCUCCUUCACCAGUAAAAUCCAUAGGUAAACCUGAUUUCCCCGUUUCGUCAAGCACAUCAUCCCUCCAAGAAAGUGAAUCUUCAGUUUUUGGUAAAGCUGAAUCAGUUACCAAAGAUGAAAUCAAGAGUAAAGACACAACCUUUACUUCAUCUGUAACAGCAGAAGAAUCUUCUACAACUAGUUCACUCACACGAACACUCGUAUCAUCAGUACAUGACUCAUCUAUAUCAACCUCAACCACUACAACAUCAGCAUCUAAACUUGCAUUUACUGUUGCUGAUGACAAAAAACUAUCUGAUCUUCCUGUAUCUAAGCCAGUCAAAGGAGAUGACAGAAGACCAUCAUCUGAUAAGUCUUCGUCACCUCCUCCACCCUCCUCUUCCUUCUCCUCCUCCAGUGGUGUUGAGGGUAUUGUGAAAGAGGUUAAAGAAGGUAAAGACCAUAUCGAAACAACUUCAGCUAUAAUUGCAGAAAAGCUCAUGGCUGAAGUUGAAGAGAUAACUUCAAGCAAGACACAAACUUCAACCUCCGAGCAAGUGUCAACCGAAGAGUACAAGUCUGUCACUGCCAUUACUGAUAAGUCUAGUUCUGUUAAGGAAACAUUAUCCACUGUAGUAUCUUCACAGGCGACUCAUAUUAAGGAUAGUCAGGAAUUUAGUAGCACCAGCCACUUUAUGAAGGAAAAGGAACACACUGAGGAGACUACAGACCAAAAGGAAAUAUCAGAAAAGUACUUCACAAGUGUAAAACCCAAAAUGGAUACUGAAACUAUUAUGCAGAGCAUAGUUAGUGCUGAACCUGCAGAAAUGGUUAGGACCUAUGAUGAGCCAUCAGAUUCUGAAACCGUUUCCACAAAGACUGUAAUAAGGCGAACGAUUGUUAGUGGUGAACCAACAGAAACAGUUGAAACAAUUGAUGAGCCUUCAGAGACUGAAUCCAUAACUAAGAGAAUUGUUAGAACUGUUGUUACUGAAGGUGAUCCCACUGAAUACACAGAGACUUACGAAGAGCCUACUGAUUCUGAAACUAUAACAACAAGGAGAAUUGUAAGGCGAGUCAUUGUUCAUGAAGGGGAGCCAGUAGAGACGGUAGAGUCAUUCGAAGAACCAGAUUCUGACACAGUAACUACAAAGAUCAUUAAAACUAUUGAUGGGGUUGAACCAAGUGAAAUGGAAGAAGUAUAUGAUGAACCAACUGAUUCCAAGACUGUGACAACGAGGAGAAUUGUAAAACGAACUAUCAUUAGUGGAGGUGAACCAACAGAAUCAAUAGAAACUGUAGAAGAGCCAUCUGAGACCACUACAAGGACAAUUAUUAGAAGAACCAUUGUCAGUGGUGGUGAACCAACUGAAACUGUAGAGACUGUAGAAGAACCUUCAGAAUCUGCGUCUGUUACCAGGACCACAAUAAAGCGAACCAUUAUUAGUGGAAGUGAACCCUCUGAGACAGUAGAGACUAUGGAAGAACCAUCAGAAUCAGGUACCGUUACUAAGAGAACUAUCAUCAGGAGAACCAUUGUCAGCGGUGGUGAACCAGUUGAAACUGUUGAGACAGUAGAAGGACCUUCGGAAUCUGAAUCUGUUACAAGAACCACUGUAAAGAGAACCAUCAUCAGUGGAAGUGAACCAUCCGAGACAGUAGAGACUAUGGAAGAACCAUCAGAAUCAGGUACCGUUACUAAGAGAACUAUCAUCAGUGGUGAACCAGUUGAAACUGUUGAGACAGUAGACCUUCGGAAUCUGAAUCUGUUACAAGAACCACUAACCACUGUAAAGAGAACCAUCAUCAGUGGAAGUGAACCAUCCGAAACAUUUGAGACUGUAGAAGAACCAUCAGAAUCAGGUACUGUUACUAAGAGAACUAUCAUCAGGAGAACCAUUGUUAGCGGUGGCGAACCAGUUGAAACCGUUGAGACUGUAGAACCUUCGGAAUCUGAAUCUGUUACUAGAACCACUGUAAAGAGAACCAUCAUCAGUGGAAGUGAACCAUCCGAGACAGUAGAGACUAUGGAAGAACCAUCAGAAUCCGGUACCGAGAACUUCAUCAGGAGAACAUUGUCAGCGAACCAUCAUGUACCGUUACUAAGAGAACCACCAGUUCACUGUGAAGUCAGAAAGUCUGCUAGCACCGUAAAGAGAACCAUCAUCAGUCUAAAGAGAACCAUCAUCAGUGGAAGUGAACCAUCUGAGACAGUUGAGACUGUGGAAGAACCGUCAGACUCAGGUACAGUUACCAAGAGAACAGUUAUAAGAAGAACAAUUGUUGGCAGUGGUGAACCGACAGAAACUGUGGAGACUGUAGAAGAACCUUUGGAAUCUGAUGCUGUAACAAGAACAACCAUUAGGCGAACUAUUAUAACAGGAGGUGAACCCACCGAGACUGUUGAAACAGUUGACGGAACAGAAGCCACAGGUACAUCAGAAGAAUCAGAUUCUGGGUCUGUAACAAAAACAAUUAUUAAGCGAACCAUCAUCACUGGAAGUGAACCUACUGAGACAGUAGAAACUAUUCAGGAAUCCUCAGAUUCUACAGAUGCAUCAUCACAUACAGUUGUGAGGAAGACAACUUUUACAAGUGGUGAUGAAAAGACAGAGACAACAGAGAAAGUGCAAAGGCCCACUGGCGAUAAGUCUGUGACAUCUGUAAUGAGAACCAUCGAAGGAAAGGAACCAUCAAGUCUAGGAAUGGGUGAAUUGCCUUCGGAGAGCAGAAUCAUCAGUACACUAAAGGAGUCAUCAAUCAGUUCUCUGGAGUCGUCAGAUAGUUUUGAAAUGAAAUCCGAAUCCACAAAAUCUACAUCAGAAACAAGUGAAAGCAAGAGGACUGUCAGUUCAGAAGAAUCUGUGAAAACUUCAUCUAGCAGUAAAUUCAGUUCUGACAUUUCAAAAUCCAGCUCUGAGACUACCCAUGAGGAUAUCAGAAGUUCAAGGGAAUCUGUCUCAACAAGUGAAGAGAGCACAAUGCAUGAAGGUCAGAGAAUUAGUUCCAUCAGAAAGUCUUCAACAAGCAGCACAGAGGGUACUCCAGGUAGCCCAAGGACUGGACGUGUAGUAGUAAGGAAAGUCACAACAGUGAUCACAAAAUACUAUGAAGAUGGGGAAGAAGUUCAGACAGAGGAAAUGCCUGGUGGAGAAGUUGUUGAAGUUCUCGGUGACCAACAAAUUUCAGAAGAUAUUAUGCGAAAAAUUUCUGGUUCCUCAUCACCAUCUCCAAUUACCCGCAGAAAACAUUCCAGUGGAGUACCUGGAUCAAUGACCUACACCACUUCACACUCACUCUCUGGUCCUUGGACAAGUGACGAAUCUCUCAGUGGUGAGCCAACUGUUAUUACACGUACUACUCGCACUGUUACAACAGACAGCGAUACUGAUGCCUCUGAAGGUGUGAAGGCUAGCACUGUCACCACAGUCACUCGACGGAUGGUGGGUGAUGAUGUAUCUGAUAAAGAAGAACGACCUCGAUCUGCUAGCAGUGAUGCAAGCAGUAGAGAAGCUUUUAUGUCAUCACUCAAAGAAACACGUUCUGAGGCAAGAGAUGCAGUUAGCAAAGUUUCUACUAGUCAGCACCCAUCUACAGCAUAUACUACACACUACGGUGCCACAGGUUUGCAGUACCAAGAAGAGUAUGAUGAUGAGCCUGUGUAUGAGUACCAUCCUCCUUCUGGAGCCCACAUGGAUCAGUUCAUGUACGGUGAGCAAGCUGGGGACUAUGAUAAUGGAAAUCUUCCAUCUCGAGCUAUGGAGCCAUCUAUGGCCGAGAGCGAAGACAAGCUUAAUAGAAACCAGGCAUGGAAAACAACCAAGGCAUCAAGCAAAGAAGAGGGAUCAACCACUUCUAUUACAUCUGUAACUACUACAACAUCUGCUUCAAAAGAAAGUGAUCUAGCACGUGAUGCCAAAGAUACCCUGCAGAAGUGGGGAAAGCCUCUCGGCCUGCCAUCACCAGUGCCUGCACCCGCACCACUUCAGCCCUCAGAUAACCCAAGUACACACACCCCACGCAGAGAGCGCAAAACAAGCAGGAAGUCGAAGAGAACAGUUGCACCAGUUUAUCUGGAUUUGGCGUAUGUGCCUCAUGCUGCUAACCCAAAUUACUCCAAUGUUGAUUUCUUCAGGAGAGUGAGAGCGCGAUAUUACGUCUUCUCAGGCAUCGACCCUGGCAGGGAGGUGCUUGAUGCCCUCCUCCAGGCCAAGAUGGAAUGGGAAGAUAAAGAAUUGGAGGUAACGAUCAUUCCCACCUAUGACACUGACGCUCUGGGCUACUGGGUGGCUGCCAACGAAGACGCACUCAUCGCCAACAAAAUUGACCUCGCCCCAUCAGCUUCACGUUGUACUAUCAACUUGCAAGAUCAUGAGACGAGCUGCAACGCCUAUCGUCUUGAGUUCUGAGCAACUUGAGACAUCCCCUCUUCGCCCGUGUUCGACCACCAAUAGACAUCCAUGCCCGACUUGUGCUUAGGGGUGUUGUGCUCUGGGCACUCGACAACCCCUUCCCCGCUGCCUUCCACAAGAAUUUGAGCUCUUACUAAGCCGUCUGUGUCCUCAAAUCCUAGUGAUUAGUGCUGACUAGGCCAUCCACAGUAUUUUCGUUGAAUGACCUUUUCACAUGAAUGUGAAAUAAAGUUUUUUUGUUCUACAAAGUGUAGUACCUUUGUCUUUCGAGACAGAAGUCAUAACAAGGUUCGUGAUAAUGGAUUUUGAUUUAUUGGAAAAAGGAUGGUAUUCCACUGGAUUUAACAAGAAAAGUGAAUGUUCUGCUAUUAGUAGUAGCAUAAUCAGUCACUCACCAUAAUAGAUGGUUCCAUGUCUCCACUGUGUAUAAACAGAUUAAAUAUAUAUUCAGUAUAAUGACGAAACAGAUAAUGACCUCUUAUGAACCCGAAUUCUACAUUUAUCAAGAGGCACACAGAAACUGUGCUGAGAAUUACACCAACUGUGAAUUGUUCUGUUAAGUGACACCAAGAAUGAACACUCCUGUGACCGAAUAGGGCUAAGCAAUAUGCAUUUUACUGUAAAUCGAUAAAUAGGAUUAUACACAUUCAGCGUGAUAUCUACUGCAGUCUCUAGGUAGGCCAUGAUGCAGACAUGGCUAAGAAACAGAUUGCUCAUUUUGUAAAAUAAAGCGUUAUGAAACUGUUCUUGACAGUGAUAAGCUAUAUAGAGUUUAAGGCAUAUAUAAAAAAAAGAGUUAAAAUGUCUUUGUUAUGAUAUGAUAAGAUGUAUACUAGUAGUUUAUAAUCAGCCGGUUGAUGAGAGCUAGGCCUAUUUUUCUUGAGCGGGGCUGAGAAGUUACAAUAUUCUUUAUCUUCCAGAAGGUGAAUGUUUGGGAAUACAGGGAGAAUGAGUGAGAAAUUAUGACUUUUAUCUCUGGAACAACAGUCUCUAACGUCCACAGAAGCAGCUUAGUACAUACUAAUUAUGACACAUAAUUAUGAUUAUUUUCGAUAAUAUGGUACUCAUGUUUUGAUGAUAUGCUGGAGUCCAUGUUAUGAGUCGCUGAGAAAGAGUCUUGACUUGAUUGUGUUAGCCACGAAUAUACUCCUAUACAGACUAUGUACUCAUUGCUUUUUCCGUAUGUGCUAAAUAGUAUACGUGUUACUGGAGUGGUAUGAAUGUCUUUUUGUGAUUUCCAGUGUAUUGCUUAAUAUGCCUUGCUAUUAGUAACUUUUCAACUUAUUUUUACUUUUGAGCAAGUCAUUUCUUUUUAAGAGAUUUAUGAGCAUUCCAUAAUCAGUCCAAAGCAAGCAGAAAUAAAAAAGGAAUGAUUUUAGUAAAUUGUGAAGUGAUGCACCUUCAAGGACAGAUUUGGCUGAUGAACCUUUAAUACAUUGGUGCUACAACAGAUGGUCUUGCAAGUCACAAGUUUCAUGCACGAGCCGUUAUGAGGUGCUGGAAGCCAUGGGGGUGGCUCCACUGCCCAGGAUUACGUACAUGUAACAGACGAGCAAAAUGGUAUGAAAAUGAUGAGGAAAUGGUACAGAAAAUGUUGAAAAAGGUAAUAUGCCUUUCAAAGUGCCGCAGCUUCUGUAGGUCAAACUGGUCACCUACACUAGUUUCCGAAGACAUUACCAAGGGCUUGGAUACUGCUUUCCUGUGUGGAAGCUCCUUCUAAUGACCAAAUAGUCAUGGUCAACUGCCAGUAAUGCCUAUUCGUGAGGAGUGAUAUCUAUUUAAGACAGAUUUUUAAGAUAAACAACAACGUUCCGUGGUGGUGUCUUCAGAGACGUAGUACACGCCUGUCACGUCCUCUCCAUCAGGGUAUGAAGAGGCCUACAUCCAUGCGCCACAGGCCAAGUUAGAUUACUGUGAUUAAAAACCUCACCUAAGUCCUGCCAUUGGAGUUUCUCGCCAGAGGCUCAGUCCCUGUGUUAUCCACGAGCAUUGAAGAGAGAGAACCACUUACCAUCAAAUUAACACAGGGGCUGUUCCCUGGGGGACACUCGUCUGGCCAGGACGCGUGAUAAAGUGUCCUGUGGGGCCUGGAACUGUGUGACCAGAAGAGUUGUAAGGUUCAUAUGUUUCAUGUGAUGGCUUUAGGUGCUUAUUGGCAAAACCAGAGAGCUUCAUGCCCCUUAGCUUAUUUAUUGCAAAAUUUAGGACCUUGAUGGUUCUUUAUCAGGUUGAGUUGCCACCUUAAGAAUAAAAAAUUAAACCCAAAA